CACCACCUCUGUCGUCCUCACUCCGCAGCCGAUCUGAGUUGGCUGAUAGUGCCUCCGCAGUACCGUCGCAGCCCACAGCGGCAACGACGACGACGACCGAUCCCGUCCAGCAACCUGAAUCGCCAUCGGAGGACUGUUGGAAGGCCGUUCGCCUACGCGUAAUGCGCCAGGAAGACCAACUUCGCAGGGCGGUGGCUGGAGCACGGCGUAGUCUUCAUCUCAACGUGCAUGCCGGUGGUGGUGAGUGAUCAUCCACGAAACUGAAACCCAUAAAUACUUCCUACUCAUUUGCUUAAGUAGGCAUACUAUAGUAAUUUAAAACCUCUUCUGUCCAUACCUCUCUCUCGGACAUAACCGAGUAUAUUAAGGUCCAUUUUCCAAAAUGAGUCCAACACGGUUUUCGAUCUUCUCACUCCGGUCUUCGACGGAGUUGUUAGGACAAAUGGUUUGUUGUACACAAAGUAGUUUUAGAUGGAUGUCUAGAUGAAGCACUAGAGUUCAAGGCAUAUGCAAGCCAGUCGUCUGAAUUGUGAACUAUCCACUACAGGCCGUUUUAACAUUGAAGCAGUGUGUCCACUUCGUUAACCAAAAAUUGCUACAUAUAAUGAUGAAGUUUUGCAGGGCCUUUUUGCUGUUAAUGUCCUAGUUGAGGAAGUCCGUACACCUUCAGUACUGCUUUCUGGAACAAUUUUCUUCAAGCCACGGCUUUCAGGGCUUCGUAAAAGUUUAAAAGCGCAUCAGGUUGUUCAUAAUGCUGUGGGAACGGAAUCACCUGUUGAGGGACCUAAAUGGAGCUCUCGUGGCAGUUCCUUAAGGCCGCCGAUGUCAGUAAAGUACCAGGUGAGGUAGAGUUGAGGAACCAUCUAAUUUAUUUUGGUUUCUAUGCAAUUGUAAACCAACCAAAGUGGCGACCCGUCCUUUCUCUCAGACCUUCCGUUCACUGCAGUCAUAGAGCCUUGUUUACCUGUGUUCUUGUCUGAAUUUAUCUAGUGACGUGGAACGGCCUUAUUAUCGUCAUUUUCCACGUUUUCAGCGCGACAAACAGGCGCGGACCGACGUCAAAACGUCAUACAAACUGCCAACAGAUUGAAAUAAGUAUGAAUAUGUGGCUGGCCUGUAGGACAUUCUAGUCUCUCUUUCAUGGAUACUCGGCUUAUUGUUUGUACGCCGCCAUAUUUUCCCUUUUUGCCUGGAGUAUUUAUUAUCGCAAAUAUUUAUUUUGACCCACAUAUUAAAAAUCUCGGCGAUUCGAACGUUCAGCAGCAAGGGAAGUCUUGAAUACAGCCAACGUUCUAGCCACCUGAGCUACGAGCCCGCACCAGGAGCCGUGGGUAAAGUUAUCCCAUCCUCCCCCCAACCUACGGAAACGUAUGAGGUCAGUCGAAUUUAAUACAGCAAGCUGACUGCCCAGGGAGGAUUUCCUAAGUAAUCCGUCUUACAUAACAUCCACCAGAUGACUACCAGGUUCACUUAAUUAAUAGGCGUUUCGGUAGAUUUUGACCCAGCUGUGAAGAAACUCGGGGGUCUCGAUGCUAAGGUGGGAAUUUAGAUAAUUUGCACAGUUGGUUACGUGGAGAUGCUACGGGGUUAGCGCGCUGCCCGCGGACAGGUACGAGCCGGUUUUGCCACCAACUCAGGCAGUGUUUCCCUUCAUCAGAAGAAGUGUAUUUCUGUCUAGGGGGUAUGAUCAUAAGAGCGACUGCACGUGAAAACGUAGCCAUUAAAUUGCGUUGGCUGAAAUAUAUGUUAACCAAAAAGAACAUGCUUUUUCGACUUAGACUUACCCCCCACUCAUUCUCGCCUGGGACAACAACGUUUUCGAGACAUCCUACCCUCCGCUUUUCGCCUCCUAAUUUACUGUCCCCUCGUCCCAACUGCCUGUAGGCGAGUUCUCACGGAACCUGAGGUCUCAACGUUCCGUAUCAGGGCCAGUGCAAGGCCCCAACGCACAGGUUGCUAGACCCUUGUCUGCACCGAAUUCCCUACGGUUCGCUGUUGCCUCAGAAGCCAGUCUUCUUGAGACCUCUCUUGUGAAUGGUCUGUCUACGAGGGGUCUAGAGGACAUCAUGCAGUUGCAGCGUGCUCAGGGCCCCGAAGCCAUCAUCGACUGGUUUCGGCAAUUCGAGGCACCUCGUCUCCUACGGAUGUUCACUGUCCCCGGUCACCCGCCCAGACUUCAAAUUCCCGUCUGGUUUCAUGGUGAGAAAGGCUUUCCCUCUCUGCAGUUGCCUACAGGACACAUUUUGCUUUCAUUCUCACUUGUCCUUCUUUCUGUCUAUGUGUGUAGGCAUCUUGAAGCGAAAACAAGCCGAGCUGUUGCUGUCCGGUAAGGCUGCCAACAGUUUCCUACUUCGAGUUAGCGAAAGCUUUCUGGGCUACGUCAUCAGCCACAUGGGUACGGGUGGCGUCUGUACUCACUUCUUCGUUCAAAUUAGCAAGCCACCACCACCACCGUCGCCGCAGGAGGAGGAGGAGGGGGAUUCGAAGCUGGCUGGUGUGAAUACGCUCUACCACUUGUUUGGCCUACCAGACCAGAUAUUUCCCACACUUUGCGAGCUCAUCAAGCACCACACAGUAAGCAGAAUUCAAGAAUGGUUCUGUUUAUUAUGAGGUUUCUUUACUUUUUCCAGCCGGUGGUUGAUAAGUGAUUAUGUAUUGGUACAAGCAGAUCACUUAAGCACGUAGCACUCAUAACUGAAAUUCAGCAUUGGAGUUGUUGGAUUGCUGUCGACGGUGUGGUCUGCUGCCUCAGCUUAUUCUCGUGGAUGACCGGGGCAUGCAUUUCUGCUCCUCCUCUGCUUACUUCCACGACGUUCCGAUCAGAAAUCAUAAGUUCAAGCCACCAGGGUCCCUUAUGGACGUGGUUAACACAGGAGCCAUAUAUUUCACGUCGUUCGUUUGGUUGCGGCCGAAUAUUGCUCUAUAAGUAAACGAUUUUUUAGGGUUCUUCGUCUCGUUUAGGACUUGAGUAUUGUUUUGGUCGAAAUUCUGGUUUAAACGCUUCCUGCUACCGUUCGGUUUCCUGUGGUGCUGACAAGUUUCCAACGGCCUCUUUCGUAAUCAUUUAAUUAUUUCCUCGAAAAACGUUUUACUUUUUUCCAUUUAAGUGGUGAUGUUUUUGUUUUAGAAAAAUCCCCUAUCCGUGUCAGGCUCCGAGAUGCUCCUUUACCCUGUAGGCCAGGAGAUUUCGAAGGGAAACCAGGCGGCUGACUACUUUAGCCUCCUCUUCUUUGUCAAUCCCUCAUCAGAGACGACCACCUUUUAA